AUGAAAGGAUUUCAUAGCUCAACCUCUCCCAGCACAGCUACCAACAAACAACUCAUAGAAAAUGGCAUAUCACGUAGCAAAGCGCUUUCCCUUUAUAGAGAUGGUCAAUAUGCGGAAGCCGAAGUAGUAUUUUUGAAAUCAAUACAAAAGAAGAUAAUCACCAAUGGAGAACAGUCACAAGAUGUUGCACUUGUUAGGAGUGACUUAGCGGAUCUCUACCUCGAUAUGGGUCGAUUGAAGGAAGCACAAUCGUUACUUGAGGAUGCUGAAAGAGUUCGAAGGAGUGGUAUUGUUUCGGAUCUGGCCUGUACUCGUGAUAAUCUUGGUAGGACAUAUGAGAUGCAGGAAGAAUAUGAACAGGCAAUCAAGUGGCGUACAAUGGGUGCUCCUAAUGAAAUGGUCUGUUCGCAUUUAGAAUGUCCCAAAAUGAUAAAUGCUGCCAAGUUAUCCAAAUAUGUUGAGCUUCAGCAUUGUGCUAGAUGCAAGUGUGUCUUCUAUUGCAACGCUGCGUGUCAAAAGAAAGAUUGGAAGAGACACAAGAAGUACUGCAAGGCUCCUGGUCCUGCUGUGUGA